UUUGUUCAGAAGAAAUGUAACCUGGAGGAAGAAACAGUGCAUAUGUUGACUUGCAUGGAUGAAACGCUGUAGUGUUUUUGCGCGAAAGGGGAGAUUUUUCCGGGUCUUUCCGUGCAGAUCAAACCUCAGCUAUGCUGAAUGAGAGCGUCGCAGUGAUGAACUCCAACAGCGUGGUGAUGAACUCCACCAGUGCGGUGAUGAACUCCACCAGCGCGGUGACUCUGCUGAACCCCGUGAGUUUUUGGAUCGUUGCAAUCUUGUUGCUCGGGACGCUGAAUUUCACGCUGAUGUUGCCCAGCGGAUUGUGGGCGGCCUGGCUGAUGAUAAGAAGCUCCAGGGCGACGCUGGAGUCCGAAUGUUUUUCUCUCCAUCUCCUGUGCACAGACAUGACCUGCGCUUUAAUCGUCCUGUGCGCGACGUUUAACUUCUACUUCCUGAGCAAUCCGGUGGUGUUACGGACCUUUAGCUUAACCUUUUGCAUGCUAAGUCUUCACAGCCAGCCAGUGUUCCAGUGCAGUGUGUGUCUGGAGCGCUACGUGGCCGUGGUCCAUCCCGUCACCUACCUGAAGUACAAACCUCUGCGGUACAAGGCAGCCGGACUGGGUGUGUUCUGGUUCGUAGCAGUGCUCCUUUCUCUGAGCAGCCGACUGACCUCGAACCUUUUCCCGCUCAUGGGCAUUUUGCUAUCGAUCCUGUUCGUGGAGACCUUCUGCAGCUUGUCCAUCCUCGCCGUCCUAAAGCGCAGCGGCCCGGGAGACGUUCACGAAAGCAAGGACGGUGAGAAGGAGCGGAGCAGCGGUGUGAAGAAGAGAGCUUUCAUCAUCGUCACUCUGCUGCAGGUCAAGCUGCUGGUCAAUUAUUCGCCCCUCAUCAUAAUAUCAUCCAUCGAAUCCCUCAUCUCCAAGCAGCUCAUGGGAGAUCUCAUCACGUUGGCCAUCACGUUUUGUUUCUUUGGUAGUUUCUUUCAGCCGCUCAUGUACCUCUACAGAGCCGGGAAGUUGCCCUGCACCAGAGGAAACAAGUAA